CGAGCCCGCUGUGUCUCUCUUCGCACCUAUUCUACGCUUAGCCACUCCCCAGGACUGUGAAGAUGCCCGUGCCGAUUGGAUCUAUGCCUCAAGGCGCCCAUGGCCCUUCGACACUCGACAAGUUGAAGAUGGGUGGCAUGAUGGGUGGCUCUGUCGGGCUUAUCAUCGGCUUCAUCUUCGGAUUCACAAACAUCGUGCGCUACGGCCCAGGGCCGAAUGGAAUGCUACGAACACUGGGCCAAUACAUGAUGGGAUCAGCAGCGACUUUUGGAUUCUUCAUGGCCAUUGGUACCACUAUUCGAACAGACAGCUCACCUAUUGCGAGCGAGGCUUUCAACAGGAUCAACCGACGACCCAUGAUCCUGCCACGACAGUUCCACCCGUAUACCGCUCGUGACGAGAAGAACUAGGAGACGACACCAGGGCGACCACCGGUAGUUGCGCGAGGAUUGUACAACACCAGUAAAGCACUUACGACUUAGGACUGUACAUAUAUUGAAAUAAUGGUAGCGAGAGCGGUGACCUAAGGGCAUGCGCUAAUAUGCGCGCAUAGGUGUGAAAAGGUAUAGGCU